UUAAAGAUAAGGCACCGGAAACAUGGCGACAGUUCAUUUUUGUCGCUUUUCCAGUGGUAGUAGCCUCCUGGACCUUAGCCUAGCUGACAGAGAUUCUUUCCUGCAGUGAGAGAACGACGACGACGGAAGAGGAGCUAUCGAAGAGGCGUAGAGAUGGGGUUGGGACUCUGCUCCGUUGUCCUGGUAUUGUCCAUCACGCGGGUCUCUUCGUCAGUUUGUCCCACCUUCAAGGAUCUCCAAGCAGAUAAGUCAAUAUGUGAGCCAAACUGCCUGGAUCCUUCUAUAGGGAAAGUGUAUGGUACCCUUGACUAUCAUGAGGAUUCCCACGUGUGUCUGGCGGCUCUCCACGCUUUGGUCAUCAGCGAUAAGGGAGGCUCGGUCAGUGUCAAGAGGUCAGAGCAGGUCAUCCGAGAUUAUUACGGCACUGUCAGGAAUAGGAUUGUGUCCGAGAAAAGGAUGGACGCCAAUUCACGGCCUUAUACUGUCCGAGGACCGGGGGGCAUCACAGCAGAAGACCUCCUUCCCGACGUCCUCCUCGUUCACGAUUCCUACGCAGACGGGGACAUCCACAUCACCUGCUUCUCCCAGGACCCCGCGCAUGAGCUGGCGGCCAGACUCGUGAGGUGGGACUAUAGCAAGAACUUGCAUCACAAUAGAGCGGAGACGCAGCCGCAGAGGAAUGUCUUUACCUUCGACGACGGCCCCAACUACCACGCCUUCGUCUGCCAGGGGAGACGCCCACCGACGGAUGUCUUGGCUGUUGUGCAGUUCCGGCAGAACAAUAAUGGAUACUACAACCCCACGUACCAGGCUCCAGCUACCACCUUCCGCGCGAGCAGAGGAGAGACUCUGAACAUCUCCCUCAGUAAAGCGGACGGAAUGCCUUCCGAAGUGUUCCUAAAGAAGUUCCCCGCGAGCUGGCCAAUCGACACGCCCAACUGGACCCUGCCCUUGACGUUCACCUCCGUCCAGCCUCAGCACAAAGCCAUUUACAAUGCUGGCAAUUCAAAGGACGGGAAGAUUACUCAAAUUCAUUCCCAGGGAGCUUAUUUCGAAAUUAUGGUUAGAGACUGCCCAGCCCAGAAGUACGGUUCAGACUGUUCAAAGGACUGUCCCGUUUGCCACAAUGGCGGCAUGUGUCACUCGCACGUUGGAACUUGUGUCUGUCCUCCUGGGUACUACGGAACCACCUGUGAGCAUGCAUGUCUACCUGGAUGGUUUGGGGCAUCUUGCCAGCUGCCAUGUCGCACGGAUGAGAUUGGGUUCAACGUUCAUGAGACAGAGAAAUGCUCAGGACUGACCUUCUGCGUGCCUGCUCCUUACGGCUGCUCCUGCGCCCCUGGUUACAGCGGACCGUACUGUACUGAAGAAUGCGCCGCCGGGACCUAUGGAGUCAACUGCCAGUGGCGCUGCAAUGGCUGUGCCGAAGGGUGCCAUCCUGUCACUGGCACAUGCAACAGGUGUGCAUCAGGGUCAUCAUGCAUCGCCCGACCACCUGCACCCUCAGACCUCAAAGUCGUGGUCGGUGAAAACAGCCUGAACGUGACCUGGCAAGAGACCGGGGACCACGGCGCGAUGUACUUCGUUACCUAUCAUGAGGUGAGUUGCGCAGUUCUCAACAAGCAAGAGGCAGAGAAGCAGGAGGUCUCGUCGACGGCCAGAGUGGAACUGAGAGACCUGAAGACGUUCUCUCGUUAUAACGUAUGUGUGGUGGUCAGCCGCGGGCCGCACGGGGGGCAUAGCCAGCCUACCUGUAUCCAACCUUUCACAGCUCCUCGUGUGUCCAGUUUCAUGUGCACCGGCUACAUCGACACAGCCACUUGCUACGUCACCCUGUCUGGAACCUGCGCCCAGACUUUGGCCACAGACUUCACAAUCACUGUCAUUCUGGAAACUUAUCUGUCGUGUAACCAAUCAACGAUCGUCCACCGCGAGGUCUUUCCAAAUCGGACAAGGACAAGCAAGGAGGUAACCCUGAAAGUCAUGCCAGGUCAGAUGUACAACGCUUCUGUCGUCAUCACCACCGCAGCCAGCCAGAUCGUGGCCGAGGAACGGACUAGCUUUACAACGAGACCUGGGGAUCCGACGCCCGUGCGAGACCUGACCGCCGGCCUGGUCUGCCCCACGCAAGUCCAACUGUUCUGGAAUGACCCUUGUCCCAUCAACGGCCGGAUCCAGUAUUUCCAAAUCGAGCAUACGGGUGAAAUGGUGUUUAUUGAGGACUGCCCGUCUCCAGCCUACCAGCGGUGCCACACAGUAAAAGGCUUGGAACUGAAUAAGACCUUUCAGCUUACGGUGUUCGUAUAUAACAAUAAAGGGCGUAUAUCUGCGUCUGUUAACGCUUCUACAGUGGAGAGUCAACCCGGACCGUCCCACGCUGUUACCCAGUCAAGGAAUCCACGAGACUUGACGCUCGCUUUUGGAAUACCAACCCAAGCCGGUGGUGUCUUGCUCAACUGUUCUCUGUCUGUGCAAGGAACCGAUCACAAGUGCACUAAAGAUUUCGAGAGAAAGCUUUCUGCUGAUGACUGUCCACCUCCCAUCGACCAGAGCUCUACAGUCUGUCCGAAGUUCACGGGACUAGCGGAGGGUAAGCUGUACAUUGUGGAGACCUGGUGCUGUAAUUCCAAGUACUGUGGCAAGAAGACCCUCAGUCAGGUGGCCACCACGCCUUCGCCACCCACCUUGUCUGCCGCGCCUUCUGUCCUGGAGUCGAGUAAUACGACCAUCACCCUUGCUCUCCCUACCCUGACGCGUCACGGAGAUGGAAACAGUUCAAUGGCCGUGGUGGUUCAGCGCACUCAAGAUGACGGUGGCGAAGAGGGAGGAAAUCUGCAGGCAUCCGCUAUCUCCCUGCUAGAGAAGGCACUGAGCAGGCACAUUAUCAACCCAAAGGAAGCCAAUAAUAGUAGGAGAAAGCGUAGUGAUGUUAUGUAUUUCACGGACACAUGGGAGGAGUGUCGGGAACCCUUACGCAUUGCCGCUGUACUGAAGGAGGAUGACUCUGUUUUCGUUAUUGGGGAUGGCCAGCGUUACAACGGGUUCCUAAACUGUCCUUUGGAGUCUCAAAAAUCUUAUAAAAUUGGCGUCCUUGCAAGAAACAGGCUUCUGGGUGAGACACAGUACGACUGGCAGGAGAUCCCAGGGGUGGUGCAGGCGAGGACGUGGAAGCCAUCGACCUCUCUCUUGUCCGUUCUGAUACCAAUUCUUGUGGUCUUGGUACUGCUGAUCGCUGUGGUGGCUUUUGUUAUGUACCGGAACCCAAACCUGAUUCAGAAUUGGAAAUCUGCUUUCAUAAAAGAUCAGCAGGAAAGCAGUUUGGUUCCGAAAGACAGAAGAAUUUCUUUCCACAAUGUUUCGUCACCUCCGGACACGGCUUCGUUAUCUCGAGAGGAUCCUGUAUAUGAAAACCUUGACUUACAAGAAAUUUACGACAAUGACAAUCGACGCGUUCCUCGCCUGGCGGUCGAAUCUUACCUCAAUAGAGUCAUCGGGUCGAGUGAGGCCGCUGACGAAUUCAAGGCCGUACCCGAAAACACCGGCAGGAAAAUGGACGUUGGCAACCUACCUGAAAAUAAGAAGAAAAAUCGUUACCGGAACAACUUACCUUAUGACGACACAAGGGUGAAAUUGACACUGAAGAAUGGCGUGCCGCAUUCAGAUUACAUCAAUGCCAAUCAUAUUAGGGGCUAUGGACAGAAAAUGCAUUACAUCGCUACCCAGGGUCCCAAGGCAGAAAAACUCGACACAGUAGGGGACUUCUGGAGGAUGGUGUGGGAGCAAAACGUAUCUGCCAUAAUCAUGGUUGCUAACUUCAUUGAAAACGGGAAGCCGAAAGUGGCAGAGUACCUACGCUUUGGCUCGAUCGUCGAAACUGAAGAAAUGUCAGUCAGUAUUGUGAGCAAGGAAAAUUUGCCCCAUUUCGCAUUGACAAAAGUUUGCCUGGUGACUCGCAACGGUCAGCGGCGGGAACUUUGGCACUAUCAGUUCAUGAGCUGGCCUGACCAUGGCGUUCCAGGGGAGGCACUGUCUCUAGCUUCAAUGAUGAGACACUUCAGAGCUAGUCAGACACACGGCGUGGCGGUCGUGCACUGUUCGGCCGGCAUUGGGCGCACGGGGACGGUGCUGCUGGUGCUUCUCCUGCUCGACAGCCUGGACCUAGGCGACUCCAUGGACCCCGUUGAGGCCCUGGCCCUCCUCAGGGACAGCAGGGCGCGUCUCGUCGAAUCGUUCGCGCAGUACAGUCUCGCGCUUCAGAUACUCGACGAGAUUUUGUUCGGCACCAGUACGAACGUGCAGUUGGCCAGUCUCCUCGAAGAGGCGCCGCGCCUUCUACUCGAGUGUCCUAACCAGUACAGGAAGCUCAAGGCCCUUCCUUCAGCGCUCACGUACAGGGUAGCUGAACAACAAGAUGUGUCUGCCCUCACACGGAACCACGCAGCUUUUCCCUCGGACACCUGGAGGAUCUGCCUCACUGCCCAAGACGGAGUCCACGAAUCUCACUACAUCAACGCCAUCAGAGUGACCGGGCUUACCAACAAGGAGGCCUUCAUGAUCACUGAACACCCGUUGGCCUCGACUUCGGAGAGGUUCUGGCGCCUGGUGCUCGAGAGAUUCUGUCCCGUGGUGGUGUUUCUCAAUGAGUUCUCGGACAAGGACGAGUUCCCAGCAGUGUUGCCAGACCAGGAGGAGGAGUGGACCUUCGGGCAUCAUCGAGUUCUUACCCACUCUAUCCAACCUUAUUCCCAGUCUCUCUUACAAGCCCGCGUAACUAUUACCAACCCACAGAAUGAGACGUACAGCGUAGUCGUCUACCAAGUGAUAGGCUGGAAGUACGGCCAGGAACUCCCUCCCUCCGCCGACGUCCCCAUCACCCUGGCCGAUCUGCUCUUCCAGGUGCCGCGGGGGCCGUACUCGGGGCCUCCGCUCCUCUGCUGCGGCGAUGGUGUCACGGCGUGCGGACUGGUGGCUGCCGUCUCGUUGGUGUUGGAACGAGCUGUGAAUCACCAGAGUGUCGACAUCUACCGGACUGCCGUGAUGUUGCUGAGAUGUCGCCCGCAGUUCAUCACCUCUGUGGAUCAGUACGCGGCUCUGUACCAAUCUGCCUCACUGUAUUUGGAGAACUUUUCCACGUAUUCGAACAUUUCCUGAGGAUUUAGAUGUCUUGCAAAGAAUUAAGAAGGAGGCAGAACAAGGAGGAGGAGAAGAAGAAGAAAAUAGGAUAAUAAUAAUGAAAAUAAUAAGAAGAAGAAGGUGGAGGAGGAUUAGGAGGGGGGUAUGGAGAAGGAAAGGGGGAAGAAUAAAAAGAAGGAAGAGGAGAUGAAGAGGAGGAGAGGGCGAAGGAAGAAGAGGAAAAUAAGGAUAAAAACAAUAAAAAGAGACAGAGAGGUUGAGAGCUGGAAGAUAGAGAUAAUAAUGAUGAAAAUAUAACAAUUGAUAAUAAUGGUAAUGAUUGAAUAAUGAUUAUAUUAAUAAUACACAACAGCCUUAAGAUGAUUUUGUUUUAGUUCAAACAAGAGAUAAUUCAUUUGCAAUAUUGUCUCACAUAUUUGCAUUUCUUUCUUAUUAAAAUCAAAACAUGACU